GCGUCAGUUUGGAGGGGCGGGGCAACAAAAAGCUCUGCUGACGUCAGGGACGUCACAUUUCAGAUUUCCAAGAUGGCGGAUGUGCGCGGGCUGAGGAGCAGAAACUACCUCGACUCGAACCGUAAAAGCCGAGUCGGUCAUGAAGAGUUGAGUGGAGUGGAGGAUGUCCCCAUUUCCUUUAACAAUCAAAGGUCUCCUCUAGCCCGACCCGAUGACCUGAAGAACAAACUGCGGCCCGAGUCUAUGACUUUAAACUCCAACAAAUUUGACACUCCCUCGCCAGAUGAAGGGAUUGAGGAAGAAGAGCUCUUGCCAGAGGAGGACAAGGCCCGGCCGAUUCAGAUCGUCCUGACCAACGAUGAGGAGCACAGCUUUGAGCUGGACGCCGCCGCUCUGGAGAAGAUCCUGCUGCAGGACCACCUGAAGGACUUGAACGUGGUGGUCGUGUCUGUGGCCGGAGCCUUUCGGAAGGGGAAGUCCUUCCUGCUGGACUUCAUGCUGCGCUACAUGCACAGUCAGUCGAAGGAAUGCUGGAUGGGCGGCGAUGACGACCCCCUGACAGGGUUCAUCUGGAGAGGAGGCUGUGAACGGGAGACCACAGGAAUCCAGGUUUGGAGUGAAGUCUUUGUGGUGGACAAGCCCGACGGCAGCAAGGUCGCCGUGCUGCUGGUCGACACUCAGGGAGCGUUCGACAGUCAGUCCACCAUCAAAGACUGCGCCACCGUGUUCGCCCUCAGCACCAUGACCAGCUCCGUCCAGGUGUACAAUCUGUCCCAGAACAUACAGGAGGACGAUCUCCAGCAUCUGCAGCUCUUCACAGAAUAUGGCCGACUGGCGAUGGAAGAGAUUUACUUGAAGCCUUUCCAGUCCCUGAUGUUCCUGAUUCGUGACUGGAGUUAUCCGUAUGAGCAUGAAUACGGCCUGGAGGGAGGGAACGCGUUCCUGGAGAGAAGGCUGCAGGUGAAGCAGAACCAACACGAGGAGCUGCAGAACGUGAGGAAGCACAUCCACUCCUGCUUCUCCCAGAUCGGAUGCUUCCUGCUGCCACAUCCCGGCCUCAAAGUGUCCACCAACCCCAAGUUUGACGGCAGACUCAGAGAUAUUGACGAGGACUUUAAGAAGGAGCUGGCCAAUCUGGUGCCGCUCCUGUUGGCUCCUGAGAAUCUGGUGGAGAAGGAGAUCGGAGGAAACAAAGUCACCUGCAGAGAUCUGCUGGAGUACUUCAAGGCCUACAUCAAGAUCUACCAAGGGGAGGAGCUACCUCACCCAAAGUCUAUGCUGCAGGCAACUGCAGAGGCUAACAAUCUGACUGCAGUGGCUGGAGCCAAAGACAUGUACAGCAAGAGUAUGGAGCAGAUCUGCGGAGGAGACAAACCCUACAUCGCCCCAGCCGACCUGGAGCGCUGCCACGAGGAGUUCCGCGAACACUCCGUCCACUUCUUCCGCUCGGUGAAGAAAAUGGGCGGCGAGGAGUUCUGCCAGCGCUACCAGAACCAGCUGGAGGCCGAGCUGGACGAGACCUACUCCAGCUUCACCAAACACAACGACGGCAAGAACAUCUUCUACGCGGCCCGCACGCCCGCUACGCUCUUCGCCGUCAUGUUUGUCACCUACGUGUUGUCGGGGGUGACGGGCUUCAUCGGCCUCAGCACCAUCGCCUCGCUGGCUAACCUGGUGAUGGGCGUGGCGCUGCUGUCUCUGUGCGCCUGGGCGUACGUCAAGUAUUCGGGGGAGUUUCGGGAGCUGGGAGUGCUGAUAGACGAGGUGGCUGAAACUCUCUGGGAACAGGUGUUGAAGCCGCUCAGUGAACAUUACAUGGAGGACAACGUCAGACAGACGGUGGUGAACUCCAUCAAAGCCAGCCUGACGGAACAGAGCUCCCAGAACACCAAGUUAAAGCCUCACUGACCCCCCCCGGUUCCCCCCUCCCCACCCGAAUCAUUGUCCCGUCCCGUCCUAGAACUGUGGAAGUAGUUGAACACCAAAGCUGACCUUGUUUUUAUUUUUACUGUUGGUCUGCCCGCUCUUCAGCGCCCCCAGUGCCUCGCAACAAAAACUGCACUACGGUGGCGGUGAUCACCUCCUGCCAAAAUCUCAAACUGUAAGAACCCCCCCUCCCCACCCCCUCCUGCACACGGCUGCACCCGCUUUAGGACUGACCUGCAUUUCAGGGAAAGCUGACCGGAGCCGCUGCACGCCGCCUUUCUCACCUUUCACCACCGAGCGGCCGGCGAGCUGAUUCUCAGGUUUGGUGGAAACCAGAACUUCCUGUCGGAUUUAGACGCAUUUUAUGAUUCACCUUUAGACUCAGGCUGCUUCUAGAUGAGACGGCGACUCAGAGCGUCCCUUUAAGGUCGUCCCGUGCUGUUUGAGGGUCGGUUUAGAGACCUCCAGGGUCUGUCGAGGACCUGCCAGUAUUUAUCUGCAUGCUGUUAGGAGCCUUUAAAGCUGAAUAGUUGACAGUUUCCUCUCCUGCUGGUUGAUUUCUGCGUAUUUGUUGGUGAAUUUAUAGAUCAAGUCCAGAAUUUCUUCUUCUGUUUUCAUUCACGAGCCAAAAUGAUCUGUAGACGCUGUCGAGAACUGGAGUCUGCACAGCUGUCUUCCUGUUCCAGAUGUUUUUGUUUCAUUCAUAUCAAAGCUGACAGACAGGAGAGCUGAAGCCAUGUGCCCCCCCCCAUCAGCAGGGGUUCGGUCUUCCAGUUUUCUAUUGCACAUUAGAAACCGAUCUGAACGUAUCACACUAAUAACUAAAACUGUCUGAAAGUUUUUGUGUUUUUUGCAUUGAUUCCUUCCAUGAUUUUCGCCUUAGACGGCCGUCUUCUGUCAAUCGGGCAUGUAUGUUGAUCGAAGUAUUUAAAUAAACUUUGUACACAUUUUAUAGAGAAUCAUCGGUUAAUGACGGCUGUUUUCUUAAGUCUGGUCGAUCGAUUAAGACGCUGCUGUAGAUUUCCGUUAGUUUCUCCUGUUCAGAAGAUGAAGUGUGACGUGAAAACAUGGAUCCUUACAGGACUUUUUCCUCCGGUUGGCAGACGAUACAGAUGUCUGCCUUUCAAAAUAAAACGCCUCCUAAUUUAUUUUUUGAUUAAAAUGUUUACAUUAAGAAUAAACGAUAAAAAUGUU